UUUCGCUCCGAUCGCAUCGCAGUUGCCUCCGCUUGUAUUAGACUAACCUAAUCAGUUCCGCUCCUCAUCAUGUCCCCUUCCUCCCUCUCCUCUUCCCAAUUUCUCGGACUCCGCAUCGCCCCGCCUCCCAACACCACCGCCGCCUCCCUCUCCCCCCGGUCCCCCUCCUCCCUCCGCUCCCCUAGGGUAUCCGCCGCCUACGCCGCCGCGGCCGAGUGCCCGCGCGCCGCCCACGCUCCUGUUCCCGCUGCCGUCGCCAACCCCUCCUCUCUCUACGACGUCCUUGGCGUCUCCCCCGUGGCCAGUGGCCAGGAGAUCAAGGCCGCGUACCGGCAGCUGGCGCUCGCGUGCCACCCGGACGUCAUCGCUACCGGACGCAAGGGCGCGUCCGCUGAAAAGUUCAUGCGGGUCCAUGCAGCCUACGCCACCCUGUCCGACCCCGGCAAGCGCGCCAACUACGACCGCGAGCUGGCGGCGGCGGCGAUGCUCGUGCGCCAUCGCUGGCCAGCGGCGCGGACCUACGCCCGGUCCACGUCGUUUCCCCGAUACGGCCGCCGGACCUGGGAGACCGACCAGUGCUGGUAGAAGUCAAGGCCCCAAGCUCCCGGCGAUCGGUUUGAUCCCGAAUAAGGAGAUCGUCCCACAGAAUCUGGAGGCCAGAUCCGAUCUUUAAGCUAAAAUCCUCACUUUCAGCUUGUAAAUGGAGCUUGAGGUAUCAUCCAAGCUUCCAUGGCUGCACCUACUGAUUUGCUUGUUCCUGAUCUGCUGCUGCUUGUAAAAAGUUCAGAUUUUGCUACCUCCUCAUCUCUUUGAUAUCAAUACUUAGUGAUAGUAAAAGAGAAGAGGAAAAUUAGAGAUCUCGAUCUCUGUUGUUGUUGGUGGCAUAUGAUUGUCAGCUUGUGACUUUGCACCUUGGAUUUGCUGA